GGCCCCUCCCCCGGCAGUCCUUAGUCUGGUUCUGGUUCUGACCUGUGUUCGGGGCUCCUCUAGGCUCGGCCUGACAGGUUUCGCUUCUUUUGUGUCCGCGGUUUGUGGUGGGAAGAUGCUCCGGGUGAGGUCGGCCGUGUUCCGGUCAUGGAGGGGGUUCCGGACGUUCCCGUGUGCAGCUGUGGAGGUGAAGAAUGAACCCAUCUUGGGCUUCAAGGAGGGGAGUCCAGAGAGGAGUGAGCUGCUGAAGGCUCUGGACAGCUUGAAGGGGAGGACAGAGGAGGUCCCGUGCGUGGUUGGAGAUGAACAUGUGUGGACUGCAGACGUCAGAUAUCAGCUAUCUCCUUUCAAUCAUUCACACAAGGUGGCCAAGUUCUGCUACGCAGACAAGGAGCUCAUCAACAAGGCAAUCCUGGCAUCAGUGGCAGCCAGGAAAGAGUGGGACCUGAAGCCAGUCCAGGACCGGGCCCAGAUCUUCUUCAAGGCUGCCGAUGUCAUCAGUGGACCCAAACGAGCAGAGGUCCUGGCCAAGACCAUGAUCGGACAGGGAAAGACGGUGGUGCAGGCGGAGAUCGACGCCGCCGCAGAGCUCAUAGACUUCUUUCGGUUUAAUGCCAAACAUGCUAUCGAGCUGGAGAGACAGCAGCCCCUCGACGCCGAUGGAAGCACCAACACCAUGUUGUACCGCGGCUUGGAGGGCUUCGUUGCAGCCGUGGCUCCUUUUAACUUCACAGCCAUUGGUGGAAACCUGGCAGGCACCCCUGCCAUGAUGGGGAAUGUGGUUUUGUGGAAACCCAGUGACACCGCUGUGUCUGCGAGUUACGCCGUCUACAAAGUGCUGCGGGAGUGUGGCCUGCCCCCCCACAUCAUCCAGUUCCUGCCUGCUGACGGUCCCGUGUUUGGGGAUGCUGUCACCUCCUCGGAGCACCUGGCAGGGAUCAACUUCACCGGCAGUGUGCCAACCUUCAAGCGUCUGUGGAAACAGGUGGCGCAGAACCUGGACAUCUACAGGACGUUUCCACGGAUCGCCGGAGAGUGUGGUGGGAAGAACUUCCACUUCGUACACACCUCUGCUGACAUCCAGAGCGUGGUGAUGGGAACGAUCCGCUCUGCGUUCGAGUACGGAGGCCAGAAGUGCUCGGCAUGCUCCAGGAUGUACGUCCCUGACAGCUUGUGGCCACAGAUCCGGCAGCAGCUGCUGGAUGUCCACAAGAGCAUCAAAGUGGGAGAUCCGGUGGAGGACUUCAGCACCUUCUUCUCUGCUGUCAUCGAUGAUAAGUCUUUUGCUCGGAUCAGCCGGUGGCUCAGCCACGCCAAGAACUCCCCAAACCUGACCAUCAUUGCCGGCGGGAACUGUGACGACCGGAAGGGUUACUUUGUAGAGCCGACCAUCAUUGAAACCAAAGAUCCCCAAGACCCCAUCAUGAAUGAGGAGAUCUUCGGCCCGGUCCUCUCGGUUUAUGUCUAUCCUGAUAAGAAGUACCAGGAGGUGCUGCAGCUGAUUGACCACACAUCACCGUAUGCGCUGACGGGCGCCGUGUUUGCCCACGACAAGAAUGUGAUAGACGAGGCGGCCAAAGUUCUGAGGAAUGCUGCAGGAAAUUACUAUGUGAACGACAAAUCCACCGGCUCCAUCGUGGCCCAGCAGCCAUUUGGAGGCGCUAGAGCUUCAGGCACCAAUGACAAACCUGGAGGUCCUCAUUAUGUCCUGAGGUGGACGUCUCCACAGGUGGUGAAGCAGACGCAUGUACCCCUCACAGACUGGAAGUACCCCUACAUGGGCUGAGCUCUCUGUCCAUCCAUCCCUCCUCCUCCGGUUUUGCCCCUCUCUGCACUGACUGACAUUACCGUCCUCCUGGAGAUGUACUUCCAUCCCGCAUUGAUCUGUUAUUAAACUCCAAGUUCAAAUCCUCCCUCCGUCCUGACUCGAGAGGCGCCGUCCACGUUCCCUUGUCUUCCGCUGAUCAGAUGAUCUGAAAUCUCCAUCAUCUGAAUCUUUCAGAGCAUCUGUCUUCUGUUUGAUUUGUUCUCUGUGAAAACAAAGUUGAUCUUCUUAUAGAAUUGUAGAAAUAACUACUAAGUAAUGAAUUCUUGUUAGAUCAAUAAUGACAUUAACUGAGUAUGUUAAAACAGAGCCUCAGAUCCAAGAGACCAUCUUUGCUUUGAGCUUUGAUGAAGAGGAGAAGGAAGAAGGCUCAUGAAACGAAACUAUAGUUAAUGUCGGAUCAGGUGUUACGAGGGUCGGUGUUUGUCCUGCAGAUAUUUGCUGUUACGACAAGCCUAAUCCCAAAAACAUUUGUACUUGAAUGUCUGCAGCUGAGUGUGCCUACAUCAGCCUUUCAGAUCAUUUUUAGCAAUAAAUAUUAUUCUUACAAGCUG